CCCACUGACAGGAGCGCCUGGGAAAUGCAGCCUAACAGGGAGGGGAAGCAGGCCAGCGGUCGCCUGGGACGCGAGAUCACAAGGGGCAGGGAGCAGCCUGGGGUGAACACCUUCAGGGCCCUGAUUUUAGUGAUGGUUUCGCAGGUGCGUAUGUAUGAGAUCGCCCAGUUUAAAUGUGUGCAUUUUAUCUGUGUUCCCAAUAACGCCGCAGGGAAAAACACAUGGCAAUCUAAGAAAUCGGAAUCCUGGGGAGUUGGUAAAAUCUGUGAAUUGUGGGUGCUCCAGGCGAGGGGGCAGCCACAGACCACAGCGUGCCCUCUUGCAUUUACCUCAAGAGUGUGUCAAAGUUCUUUCCGGAUUUUACAAUGAUAAAUGUACUUUGAAAAUGUCCAAAUCUGCAAACAUACAUAACAAUUUAAAGGGGCAAACACCCGCAGAGGCGGUGUCAUGGGACCUGAUUAAAUUUCACGCAGUCUCGUCGCACAGCAAACGGCUCAGAUGGAGCAAGUCACAAUUUUUAGGACAAACACGUCUUCCGAAUCCUGUCUUUGAACAUGUCUCAGGUCUAAACAACAACACGGCGCUGAGAGCUGACUUUUCCUUCGCCGGCCCAGUGGAAACACACCCCGCUGAGCUUCUUGGCAGGAAGACAGCUGCCUGCAUCCUGCUGGGGGGCGACCAGAUUUGGUCCCCGACUCGGACGGAAAUUUCCAGAGACUUUUCCCUUCAUCAUCUUUAAUUUGUCAAAUGGGCCUCCUCGCUCUGGUGGCCAGGCUCACACGGCUGCCAGGGCAGGAACUGGCGGGCGUCCCGGGAAGGUCUCAGCCUCGGUGACGACCAGACCCUGCACUCCAUCCGCUUUGUGAGCUCCGGCCGCCUACGUCCCGGGCAGCUGGGACCAGCAGGACUCCGAGGGCUGACACGCUAAUUGGAGUGUGUGUUCACCUCGUUCACCAAAAGAGCGUGUGGCAUCCCAGCCGUGCUCCUGUCUGAAGCACACGCUCCUUCCUCGUCUGACCGUGAAGGAAACUGUGCAUGUGACGGGCGCCUGGACUCCUGAGGUGCUCUAUGCCUGGAGGUCCGUGUUAAUGAGUCCGUUUGGGGUGAGAUUCGGUUCUACCACUGCUGCUCCUGACCUUGGGGACAUAAUUUAUUCUCUCUGGGCCCCAACCUUCCCUCCCCUGCAGUUGAGGGUUCCCUUCAAGUUGAGCAUUCUAGGGCUCCUUGGACCCUGAUUUGGUGAUUUAUAAAGUUAAAAAGAAGGGACGGCUUAUUUUCUAUGACAUAAAAGUUGCAAAACAAAAAACACCGGCAGGGGUGAGUCUUACGUGGGUCCCUGCAGCUUUGUUUCCAGGGAGAACAAGUGAGACCUCUCCCAGCGAGAACUGGGCAGCCGUGUCGGAGUCACAGGUCUGCCGUCUGGGCACGGGCUGGAGCGGAGCUGCCCGGGGCUGCUUCAAGCAGAGGCAGGAGAUUUGACGUGAACUCCGGGGUGAAGGACGCGGUUUGAGAAUGACUCCCGGUCCUGGGACAGGACAGACACUGAGGAUGGACUGCUGGAGGAGGCAAGGCCCUGCCCCAGGCCUGGCAGCUGAGCCCAGCUGGAUUCCUGUGAUCUUAUUUGGGCAGGAGGCUGCACUGCACGGACUCUGGGUUUGCUGGCCCAACCACCUUCCCCCUACCAUUUGGUAACUACCCUGAUUUUGGCUGGGUUUCCACCCUCCCCCAAGCAGCCCAUGUUGGGGACACUCACCCCUCGCCAGCAAGGGUGGUGCUCUGAUUAGCUGAAUCAGAAUUGCCCUCCCACUGGCCCCAGGUUCAGGAGUGGGCUUCCACCUCAACCACAGGGCAGUUUCAUGGUCUCUACUGGUAAGUCUGGGAUAGUAGCUUGUUCUCUCUCUCCCUCCCAGUGUGGUGUGUGGGUGUGAAGCCUGGAACUACUGCAGCUACUUUGACACCAUGAGGGAAGCUGCCCUGAGGAUAAGACUGACAGGUGGAGGACUGCAUAAACAGAUAUUUGUUGAGAUGCGACUGGAAACCUGAUCACACCUGAAGCCUGCCCUACCUCUGGACUGUCUAGUUACGAGAGUCAAUACGUAUUAACAAAUUCAUGUUCAAGCCAGUUGGAGUUGGGCAUUCUGUUUCUAGAAAAUUAAAGUGUCCCGUCUGACACCAGCCCUGGGAAGUACAUUUUCUAGAACUGGAGAAAACUCAGAUUGUGGAAGUUGACUUUGUAUUGGUUCAUUCCUACAAAGGACAGCCACAUAAUAAUAAGGUGACUGGCCCCAGAGUGGGAAGCAUCUGCUGUGUGACAGGCACGGUGCCACAGUCCUCACAGGCAGUGACUCACUUCAUCUUCCCUGCAGUGUCAUGAGAUCAGAACUAUCAUCACCUCCAUCUUCAGAGGAGGAGACGAGCCUGGAGAAGACGCUGGGCCACUUGUGGGUCCCCAGCCAGGAGGGAGUGCCAGGCGCCAAGGGGUCUCCAUGUCCAGCCCCUGCACAGGUGCCCAGGCCGCACACACGUCGGGGGAGAGCCCGCCGGGCCAGCCUCGCCUCUGUGGGCCAGCUCUCGUCUUCCUCCAGCAGCUUCCCUGUCUUCAGCGCUCCCUGUGGUCUUCAGAGCUCCUGCCAUCUGAACCCAUUCCGGCAUCCGGCUGCAGUCUUUGCUGCGCCGGAGCCACUCAGCCCACGUUCACCCUGCGUGAGCACAUCCUGUCUCAGCCCAGGGGACUAUUUCCAGAAGGCGUGCAGAGAUCCUGCCGUGACCAUCUGACAGCGACAGCAACAGUCACAGCUUCUAUUUCCAUCCUUUUUCUGAGGGAGAGAGAAAACCACCAAAUGCUGGUGCUUCACGGGAGAAGGAGGGCUUGGCCACCGGGGGGGUGGGGGGGCGGGCGGGUCUGCAGGGGGCAGUUUCCUAAACACUCUGAGGGCCUGGUGCUCCGGACACUGGCCAGAGGGAUGGCUUCUCCCUCUUCUGUCUGUCCUCCUGAUACUGCGCACUGGACGCCCAUCAGGGAUGUGAGAGGCAGCGAGGCAGACCUGUCCUGCGGGCUUCCGCAUGAUGACAGGGGCCCCAAGGACGACGAGGGCAGCGGGAUGGCAGGGGCCCCGCUCAGCGGUCGACGAGGGGCAGCGCCUUUCCAGAAGCGGCACCGGCCCGCUCGUCCCCAUGCGCUGCUCCGCGAGGCGACGACACCUCCGGGCGUGGGGCACACAUUCGGCCGUUACGUCUCCGUUGCCCUUUCUGUGCGCCGUGGGAAGCCCCCGCCUCCUGGGCCUCAUUUCCGAACAAAGAGGAGAAAGAAGGGCCGGCGCGCACAGCCGCCCCGCCGCGCCAGCCGCUCCGGAAAGAAACCCGCCUCCCGCGGGCGCCGGUGGAGACGCCGCGCCUCCGUGUCCAGCGAUCAUCGCUUUGGGGUCAGGGCCUUACAGGCAAGCAGCGUGCACCCCCUUAGCCUCAGGUUCCCCAAAUGCGUUUGAGCAGGGACACGCCUUCACCUCCGGGUGCCCGUGGGGACCCGUUUUCCAGGCGACACCUGGUGGCAAAGACUGGGUCGCGCACGGUCUGCAGGAGGCGGCGGGACGGGAGCCUGGUUCACAGAAUUUUGUGCAGAUCCGCGGAACUGAAGUGGCGAUCAGCGCGCGGCGGAGCGCAUCAGGCCUUGGGCGCUCGCUGCUGAGCCUGACGACCCCAUGCACACGCGCACCACCGUCCAAUUCCAGGAACAGACUUCCAGCCAACCCCGCCCCAGCGACGAGCAUCCUCGUUUCCUCCCCUGGGUGGGCUUUCCAGGUUCCCGCCGUGGGAGACGCGCGCUGCAUUCCAGCGCUCCGCGCCGCGCUGGUCCGUCGGCCCCGGCCAUCUCCGAGAGGCUGCGUGGACCGUCUUCAUCGCGGCCGACGGAAAUACAGCUGCCGUCUGCGAUCUCGGCGAGCGGGGCUCCGCACUGCGCAUGCUUCUUCUUCUUCAUCCGGCGCAGGGCGGGGGGCUCGCCUACUCCUGAGUCCCAGAGGACCUGUCCCCUAAAAGCCCUGAGCCGCGGGCGGGGGGGCAGGCACCCCCGCCGUUCUGCCUCGUCCUCCGCAAAGCUGGUGUGCCAGAGCCCCCCGGGGGACCCCGCGGGGAAGGCUUGUUGACAGUGCGGCUCCGGGCCUGGGAACCUGCAUUUCAGGCCUCCCACCCCUCCUUGCCCCAGACGCACCCUGUGUGACCCGCUUCUGGCUCCUGUGACUGCGAGCGUGUGGGCAGCAGAGAUCUGAACUGCCCCACCCCCGUGUGGGAGGGGCGGCGUCGCUCAGACACACUGCGGGGAGCCAGACCUCGUUCUCUGAGCCCGGGGCCUGACCUCAGUGCCCUCGCCGUGACAGGCAGACGCCCAACGUCUCUCCAUGGAGACGGACCCCUUGGUGUCCCCCUGAGACAGGCAGACACCCCAACAUCUCUCCAUGCAGAUCGACCCCUCGAUGUCCCCCUGAGACAGGCAGACACCCCAACGUCUCUCCAUGGCAGACGGACCCCUUGGUGUCCCCCUGAGACAGGAAGACACCCCAACGUCUCUCCAUGGCAGACGGACCCCUUGGUGUCCUCCUGAGACAGGCAGACACCCCAAGUUCUCUCCAUGCAGACAGACCCUUUGGUGUCCCCCUGAGACAGGCAGGCACCCAACAUCUCUCAAAGACAGACAGACCCCUCAGUGUCCCCCUGAGACAGGCAGGCACCCCGGUGAACCCCUGCACAUAGAGUCCCGACACCCACUGCCACAGAUCGGCCCCCAUGGAGUCCUCUUUCAGGCACAAACGGAAGCUGGCUCCUGGCAAGAGGGACCCUCCCACAGGGGACGGGGUGGCGGCUCUGUGGGUCGUCGUGGUGAGAUGUGAGUGAGACAGGGCCUUGAAGUUUGGGGUGAGUGUGAAUCCUCGUACCCCCCACCCCACCAAGUGCCCUGCCAAGCCUGGGCCACUGGGUUUGCAGAAAUGUACGAGGCCCUUGGUUUUCUGCUUGUCCCUGGCCCUCAGCUCUGGGGAAUGCACAGCGGGGGGCUGGGCGAGGAUGGGUGGUCUCAGGAUGGGGGCCCCUAGGGGAGGGAGGGAACAGGGUUUCUUCCCUGUGAAUUCCAGGCUGGGAGCAGGCAGCACAUAACCAGCCACUUCCUGUGCCCCCCUUGGUGCAUCCCGACUGAGCCCAGCUUGUCCGUCCGUCUGUCCAGGCCAGCCCUGUGGCUGGGCACUGUGAACGGGGCUUUGGGGUCAUUGCUGGGCUUCUCUGCAAUCGAUGGGGAGUCUUUCGUGCUGAUUUACAUUUCAGACACAGCGCUUCCAUUGAUCCCCGGCCCCUCACGCAGCGCCCGAGUCGCGCCUGUCCCGUAUCCCAUUAGCUAAUUGUGUCUUGCGCCAUCCUCCAUCUGCUGGAAAUGUAAGCUGGCUGGGUUCUCCACCUUCCACAAGUGGCAGUGUCUUUUUGUCCCUUGUUCCUGUCCUCCUCUCUUCGACGACAAGAAAGCUCCCUCCCCAUUCCUGGAGACCCCCGCUCACUUUUUGCCCCCCUGCCCCUUCCAGGAAAGCAGGUCCCACUCCUUGCGCUGACUGUGAUAGAGCUCAGCUCUAACCCCCAAGACAAAGGACCGGAAUCCACCCGUGCCUGGGGAGUCCUGUGGGGGCCUGUGGGGUCUUUGGGCUUGUUAGGUGGUGGAGCAGCUUGGCUGGGAUCUCUGGGACAAGGAGGAAGCUUCCUGGUUUCAUGGGUCCUGGGCUGCAGAUUUGUCUUGUUGGCAUCAGGGCAGGAGGGCUGGUGGGGCCCCUGGAGCCCCGCUGGGCCCUCUGCUCAGGCUGGUCAGCCUUUCCGGUGGGGUGGGAUGCCCCUUGCAUCCCCCAGGGGCUGGUCCAGAGCCUGGAACGAGAGAUGAUGUCCUGGGACUCCACCCCGCAAAGGGGCCUGAUGUGAAAUGACCAAAAGUAAACACAUUGUCUCUGCCCCCGGUUCCUGCCUCAGAGCUCCUGAAAUCCCUGUGCUUUCCUGGGUGAUGGGAGUGUCUUUUGUCCUAGUGAGGUGAUCCUGGGUGGGCUCCUCGGUGGAGCCAUGAUCCAGAGAGGGGAGAGGGGCUGGAAAUGGAGGUAAGGGUUGAUCAUGUCGACGUGAGGAAGCGUCCAUAAAACCCCAAUAGCACGGGGUUCAGGGAGCUUCCAGGCUGGUGAGCACAUCCAAAUACCUGCAGGGUGACACCCCAUCUCCAAGGGGACAGAAGCUCCUAGCUCAAGACCCUCUUGGAUCUCACCCUGUGUGUCUCUGCAUCUGGCUGUUCUUCUGUAUCCUUUAUUCUAUAGUAAACCAGUAAACACAGAUGUUUCUCUGAGUUCUGGGAGCUGCUCUAGCAAAUUAAUUGAACCGAGGAAGGGGUCGUGGGAACCUCCGAUUUGUAGAGGGUCCUUCAGAAGCACAGGCGACAACCUAGGCUUGCAAUUGGCGUCUCAAGUGGGGAGCAGUUUUGUGGGGCUGAGCCCUUAACCUGCGGGAUCCGCUGCUAUCUACUCCACAGGCAGAUGGUGUCAGAACCGAAUUGAAUUGUAGGGCACCCGGUGGUGUCGGAGAAUUGCUUAGUGUGGGCGAAACCCCGACCUUUGGGGUGGGAAAUGUCACAGGCGCAGUGUUCUGUGCGCGGGUGAAGGAGGAGCACAGAGUGUCCCAGCCUGGGCUCCCUGAGGAUGCGAGACCGAGGGUCAGUUCCAGCCUCUCAGACUGGAUCAGAUUGGGCCGGACGCAGGGCCACACAUUAAGGCUUUUUGCACGACUCCAAAUGUCCCCUGGUGAGUCAGCACCUCGUGUGCUGGGAGCUCUGCCGUCGUCCUUGCUUCUUCCGGUAAAGUGGAUCUGUGAGCUGGAUCAGCAUCUCUGACGGCCUUUGUGGGCCAGGAGAACUGCAGCGUGACCCCACCGCUGCGUAGUAGGGGGCGGACUGCCUUCCUGCCAGAGCCUGGCUGGCUGUGUUUCCCUCUUAGAUGCAGAAAUGCGCGCACAGUCUGCUGCCCUCAUGUCUCUGCCAAGGCGACUUUCUCCCCGAGUGGAGCUCUGCCCAAAGGGACAGCACAGGGGGACAGGCACCGUCCUCCUGCUCGGCAGCCCCAGUGGGCGGGGGAAGCGGCUUUCCAGAAUCGGAGGCUUCAGGGGCAGGCUGGGUGCCCGAAAGCACAGGCCUGUUCAGAGGACACCCCACUGGCCCCUCCCGGGAGACCACAUGCCCGCCCGCCUGCCCUGCCUUCCUCCUGGGCUGUGGUCCUAAAUCUCCCCAGACAGGGUGGAGCUGCCCCGGGAGGGCUCCUUGGAGGGUCUCCUUGCAGACGCCCCUGCUCAUUAGCUGCCCCCAGACCUCCCCCAGCACCCCUUCCUCCCCUAAGGCUGGGGGAGCCCGGGCCCCCCACCCACUGGCUCUGCUCAGAGUCCCCAGCUCUGGGCCCGCCAGCUGUGCCCACCUCUCCCCUGGGACCAGCAAGUGAUUUGCACCUUUUUCAGGUGAGAAGGGGCAGCUGUGGCCUGUUCCCAGGGGAAUUUCUCAGAAUCAGAAGCCUUUCCCAAACUCAGUUCAAUAGGAAUUGAAGAAACUCAAUUCGACACGUGGCUUUGGGCUCCUGCCUAGUGUGGGAACCUGGGAGCUAGGGGUGAGGGUCCUGCCAGCAGACACCCUGGGACCCCCGGGGCCCAGGCUGCCAGGACACACGAGGGGCUGAUGGGGUGUGGGGCCCCCUGACCCCCAAGGGCCCUCCUACCUUCCUGGGCGCCCUCCGUAAAAACUGGGAAAUAUUCUUUGUAACAACCGUGCUGACGUGAAGACCAACGUAUUAAUACUAUAAAUGAAAAUAUUACUUCAA